AUGUCUUUUCUAAACAGCUGGAUCAUGCUCACCAUGGUUGGCAUGGUGAACCAGUUGCCAGCCAUACUCCACCUUCUGUGCCGCCGCUUCAAGUUGUGGUGGUCCAACGAGAUGCAGAUCACCAUUUCUCAGGAAGACCGGGAUUGGUACAGCAACAGCAAGGUCUUCUCUGCCGUCGAGACUUACCUCAGCACCAGGUCAACCGACGGCGCUCGUCGGAUGAAGGCAUACACUAAUCACAACAGCCAUCAUCUCACGCUCACAAUGGACGAUGCUCAACAUAUCGUCGACGUCUUCACGCCGAAGGUUGACGACGAUGGUAAGAAGAAGGACAAGACAAUCAAGGUGCGGUGGACUUUCUACUGUCGGGACGAGACGGGAACGACUCAACGAGGGAACGAGGAGACGAAGUUCUAUACGCUCAAGUUCAGUGCUCGACAUCGAUCGGUGGUGCUGAACCAAUACCUUGUGUACAUCAUGGAGAGGAGCCAGGAGAUCGAGCAGAAGAACCGGCAGCGGAAUCUCUACACCAACACCAGGAGCAGCCACAUGCACUGGACGAAGGUACGCAAUUACUACAACCUCCUCUGA